GAAUUUAUGCUUAAAAAUGAUAUCACAAAUUUAAAUAAAAACCCUCGUAAAAACCCCAUGUUCUCCUUCCUUCAAAAAUAUUUUCCAGAAAAUGAUUCAAGAAACAAAUCUCAGAUACUGCUACUUUCUGCUAGAAAAAAAGGUCAAACUCAUCAAGUUACUUCUAGAAGCUGCCAUGUAAAAAAGCUUACUUUUUUGGAAUUGGGACUACAUUUGUUCAAUUUUGCAUUCCAUUGCAGCAGUUAAUGUUGCAUUCAAGAUAGCGAUGUUGUAUUGUCUGCUUUUUCGAGGGAAGUCUUGAAAGAUUUGUAACAAAAUGUAUGGGGGCAAAAGGCCUGGUAGAGGUAAUCAGCCUCCUUCAAUUACUUACAAGAGGAAUCGAAAUGGGGUAAUGCCUUUUGACCUUACUGAUUUUGUCCAUGAUGGACAUUCCCCUUCCAUUUCUGAGAAUAAUAAGCCAAAUGACAUAAAAUCUGGAACUUCGUCGCCAGAAAUAUUCAGCACGACUGAGCUUGUCUCAGCAGUUGGGCAGGUUUGGAAUCUUUUGAAUCCUUGCGCCGUUCCUGAAACCAAGGAUCAGAAAAAUGUUAUCUUGAAUUAUCUGAAUGGGGCAGGAGCUGGCAGGGCAGCCAUUCUAGAUGAUAAUACUAAAUACUUUUGUGUUGAUAUAAGGAAUGGUAGCCAUGUUACACAGAUGGUGCAGCCACAGUUUGAGUUUCUUAAAGUAACUAAGAAGAUGUUGGUGUUUGAACCUUCUAGUGAAAAUUACAGCCGGUCACUGUUCUGGCGGUUUUUGAAGAGAGGUACCAGCUUGCGGGAUGAGUCUCGGGAGGGGAAAGGUCUUGCAACUGGGGGUACUGGAUACGAAUUGUAUAAGUUAUAUGGAUGGAUGAAGGAACUGAUUCCUGCUUGUUCAAAAUAUCCUGCAAAUAACAGCACAGAAGGUUGCAUGGCCAGAGAUUGUCCAACUAACCCUGCAAAUAACUUAGCUUCUAGAACUGCUGACUGUUACUCUGAUUCAGUCGAAUCAAAAGAGGUAUCAUUGUGUGAUAAUGCAAGAGUAGUAACUAUAGGAAAAUCCAGCUCUGUAUCCUCUGACUAUUUCCUUGGGGCUCUCCAUGAUUUUAAUGCCAAUAGUAGUGCUUCAAGAGCUCUAAAUUAUGUUCUUUUCGCAGAUUAUCAUAUUAAUUGUUUAGCUCCAUGUAAGAGUACAUAUAAACAUUUUGAAAAUGACAUUGGUGAUUUUGAUGCACCUAAAAAUGCAAGAGAACAACCACAAAAUCUGGUCGCUCAGGGCAGAACUGGAAUACACAUUCAGUCAUCAGCAUGCGAAAGACCUCAGUAUGCCUUAGCUAAGCAAGAGCAUGCUUUUGCGGGUGCAUUUGCUGGUAUUUUUGUUAGCCUUUCUCUGCAUCCUAUAGAUACAGUAAAGACAAUCAUCCAAUCUUGCCCUGCAGAACAGAAGUCUAUCUCCUUCAUUGGAAGAUCAAUUGUUUCUGAAAGAGGCAUGACUGGGCUUUAUCGUGGAAUAGGUAGCAAUAUUGCAUCGUCAGCUCCAAUUUCUGCCAUUUACACUUUUACAUAUGAAUCAGUUAAAGGAUCUUUGCUUCCUCAGUUUCCCAAGGAACAUCAUUCUUUUGCCCAUUGCCUUGCAGGCGGUUGUGCAAGCAUUGCAACUUCCUUUGUUUUUACUCCCAGUGAACGUAUAAAGCAGCAGAUGCAAAUUGGUUCACACUAUAACAAUUGCUGGAGUGCACUGGUUGGAAUAAUUGGAAAAGGUGGUUUCCACUCGUUGUAUGCAGGUUGGGGAGCUGUACUCUGUCGGAACAUUCCACAGUCAGUGAUCAAGUUUUACACAUAUGAAAGCUUGAAGCAGUUGGUGCUGUCAUCUCAAAAUUCCAGUGCUCAACCCAAUACAUUACAAACGCUAGUUUGUGGAGGAUUAGCAGGAUCUACUGCAGCCUUAUUUACAACUCCUUUUGAUGUGGUGAAGACAAGAUUGCAGACACAGAUUCCUGGAUCCAUGAGCCCAUAUGUAAACGUAUUUCAUGCACUUCAAGAAAUAGGCAAGAAUGAAGGUUUGAAGGGCCUCUAUAGGGGAUUAACUCCGAGAUUGGUUAUGUACAUGUCUCAAGGAGCAGUAUUCUUUGCAUCAUAUGAAUUUUUGAAAAGAUUAUUUUCUUUGGAGAUGCCACAGUUUAGUGCUUAAAGUAUUCAGUACAAAGAAAGGAUUGAAAAUGAUUCAGCAUCGUUGCCAAUAGCAUCAUAAUCACAAUGUUGGCACCCCGACAUCAAGAUGGUCAGGAUUAUUUGUGAACAAGUGUGUUCAUUUGAAGAAUAAAGAAAGGGGAUAUCUCGUGGA